AUGCCGUUAAUGCAACGUGAACGUUGGUGGACAAAAAAUGAAGGCGGAAGUCGAGCGUAUAACGCCGAGAAUCAAAGAAUGCAAACGGUUAAUGCAAUGGACAAAAAUUUACCACCAAAAGAUCUACUCUACGUCAAGUUGAAGAAGGUUCCUUUGCUCGCCUUAAUGUUUAGCGGAAGGUAG